AUGGCUGCCCGGUUGCUGCGAGCGUCGCGGCCUGUUUCUGCUAGCCUGCGAUGGCAGCUCGCCGCGGUUUCCGCGGCCCCUCGUUUUCCGCCAAAGGUGGCCGGCUGCUGGCAACAGGCCUCGAAGACGCAGCUCCGACACUUCAGAACUUCCACUGCGGCGUUGGCUGUGGAGCAGUUCAAACUGGCUGACAUCGGCGAGGGCAUCGCCGAGGUUCAGCUGACCGAGUGGUUCGUAAAGGAAGGCGACAUGGUCAAGGAAAUGGACAACGUUUGCAGCGUCGAGAGCGACAAGGCAUCCGUGGAGCUCACCAGCCCCUACACAGGGAAGGUCACCAAGAUCCACCACAAGGUGCAGGACACGGUGAAAGUGGGCUCGGUGCUCAUCGACGUGGAGACAGGAGGCGGCUCCGCGCCAGCCACGCCUGCAGCGCCAGCCACGCCUGCAGCAGCACCAGCUGCCGCAGCUCCGGCAUCGGCUCCUGCAGCUGGGGGUGCCCAGGUGCAGGCCUUCAAGCUGGCAGACAUCGGCGAGGGCAUCGCUGAGGUCCAGCUCACGGAGUGGUUUGUGAAGGAAGGUGCCGGCCUCAAGGAGAUGGACAACCUCUGUUCCGUUGAGAGCGACAAGGCUUCGGUGGAGCUCUCCAGCCCCUUCAGUGGCAAAGUGGUGAAGAUCCACUACAAGGUUCAAGACACGGUGAAGGUCGGAAGCACUCUGGUGGACAUCGAGACGGCACGGGCCCCCGUCACCAACAGCAUCCUGUCCUACCCCAUUCUGAUUUGUGCUCUUGCCAAGGCCUCUGUCGCCUCAUCCACGCCAGCACCCGCCGCACCCACGCCCGCAGCCCCAGCGGCGGCCCCAGCCGCAGCCCCAGUCGCGGCCCCAGCCGCGGUCCCGGCGGCGGCGCCGAAAGCUGCUUCGGCUGGCAAGGCGCAAGCCAAAUCACCGGUGCGCAGCCUUGCGAAGAAGCUCGGCAUCGACCUGAACACCGUGAAGGGAACAGGGGCGAAUGGCCGCGUGCUUGAGGAGGAUCUCGGUGCGGCCGGUGCGCCCAGCGCCAGCGCAAGCGCCCCCGCGGCGUCCUUUUCCGUGCCCGCCGCGCGUGUCCUGGAGGAUCAAGUGAUUCAGAUCACCGACAACGUUGGCAAGGGCAUGGUCAAGUCCAUGCAAGCGUCCUUGGUGGUGCCCUACAUGGCAUUGGGGGAGGAGAUUGACAUGACCGACAUGCUGGCCUUGCAAAAGCAAUUGAAGGACUAUGCCCUGAAGAAGUACGGGACCAAGGUUACGGUGACCUCCUUCAUGCUGAAGGCCAUCUCCUUGGCCCUCUACGACAACCCGAAGAUGAACUCCAAGUUCGGGCCCUCGGAGGCGAAUCCUCCCAGCUACACCGUCUACGGAUCUCACAACAUCUCCGUGGCGGUGGACACGCCUCACGGACUCAUGGUCCCCAACAUCAAGGAUGUGGGCGGCAAGAACGUGAUCGAGAUCCAGCAGGAGCUGAUGCGCCUGGCUGCAGCGGCGCAGGCAGGUAAGCUGGCUCUCAACGACAUCCAGGGUGGCACCAUUACACUUUCCAACAUCGGCGUCAUCGGAACCAAGGACCCGAGGCCCAUCCUCUUCGACGGCCAGGCCGUGAUCGGCGCCACGGGCCGCACCAUGGCGCUGCCCCGCUACAACGCCAAGAUGGAGUUGGUGCCCCGACAAGUCAUGAACAUCCGUUGGGUCGGAGACCAUCGCCACUUGGACGGCGCCGCCUUGGCGCGCUUCUCCAACUCCUUCAAGCAGUACAUGGAGGAUUUCUCCUUGCCCAAGGACACCAAUCAGAUCGAGGAGGCACAACCGGCUGCCGCGAUUCUCGCGAAGAUCCAACAGCGAGUGCACAGUCGAACGACUGAGGAGAACUUCCUGGCAAGGGAUCUUCGGCAUCACGAUCUCUCUGGCACUGGAUGGCUUGAGCCAGCCACCUUCAUGCGCGCCUUGUUGCCAUACAGUGCCGGUGUCAGCGAGAAGGACCUGCGUGCCAUCUUCGACCGCUACGCCGAGGAGGGGCUUCUGCCGAUCCAGCCCUUUGCGGCAGAGUUCACCAGCGGCGUGCGCCGGGAGGCUGAACGUGGAAACGGCCUGGUGGCAAAGGAGCUCGAGGAGGAGCAGGCCUCGGAAGCACCAGAGGAGAUCCUGGAGAAGAUGAAGGACUCCCUCUAUGAGAGUCCCCGCGGCAUGACUUCCCUGGCUGCA